AUGGCUACACAGUCCAUGCUGCGGGAACUGCCAGACCCAAGGGACCUGACAGUCGCUUCCCUGGCUUCGGAUGCUUCCAUCUUCGGCGCCGUUAUCGACGUGAUAUACCGGAGAAGAUUCGGUGCGAGCACCCAUGGCCACACAGUCCAUGCUGCAGCAUUUGGACCUCCGCUGAGGACAGCGCGCAAGUGCUAUGCAGCCUUGCUGGAAGGACAUGUGGCUGUGCCUGCAGGCUGGUCUGGCAUAGAGAUUGAUCUGGCUGUUGGCAACGACAGCAGAGAAGGCCAUCGGCACAAGAUGUGCACAGCCAACGUUGAAUACUGUGUUAAUGCCCGAGGUGCCGUGACUCGGCUGCUCGUGUUGGGUUGGGGGCUAUUCCAUGGUCGGGCAACCACACAGGUGGUGCUGAAGCCAGUGACAGGUCGGCGACAUCAACUGCGAUUGCACUGUGCCGCAGUGGGCCACCCUGUGGUGGGCGACACCACCUAUGGUGAUGCAAGGGCUGCUGGGCACAGUCGCAUGUACCUGCACGCAUGGCGGCUCCAGCUGCCCACUCGGUUAGCUGUGAUUGAUGUCAGCACUGGCAGCAAGCACCCGUUUUGCCAGCACGAGGCAUGGCAGGAUCUGCCCUCUCGAGACGGCGACCUCGGUGGCAGGGAAUGCAACAUGACGGUCUGCGUCAACGAUGCUUUUGAUAAGCUCGAGUGCUCGGAGCUGUUUCUUGCCUGGAGGACGCAAUCGCCAUGGUGUUGUAUUAAUGAGCCCUGCCAGCCUGAACUCUCAUCCAAAGAAGGGAAUAGCUGAUCGUUAAGAGUAACAAAAUGGAAAAAAAAAAAACUGAUUUCAACUAGAAGUAGCUAAAACUUAAUGUUUUCAAUGCAUUGGUGUGACAUGUAUAACGGUGCCCAUGCAUCGGAACCAAAUCAACGGACCAAGCCAGAAAUUGUGUCUGCUUUGAUCUUCAUUUUCAAUUGAACCCUUCUUCAGUUAUUAAGGUGGUCAUGUGGAAUGCAACGAUAGUCGUUUUCUUAUUUGAAGCAUUUUCAAACCCAGCACCAAAGAGGUAGAAUGGGGAGAAUUUGGUAAAACACUAUCACAUGCAAUUGAAUGCCACUGCAAUAAAAUUGAUGACGCUUG